UGGGCUGAGUGGAUGGGAGAGGAAGCCGAGCGGUAACGGAGAGAAGCAGAGACCGACAGCAAACAUGGGGAACCGGGGGAUGGAGGAGCUCAUUCCCCUCGUCAACAAACUCCAGGAUGCCUUCAGCUCGAUAGGCCAGUCCUGCAACCUCGACCUACCGCAGAUUGCAGUGGUGGGAGGACAGAGCGCUGGCAAAAGCUCCGUUCUCGAAAACUUCGUAGGCCGAGAUUUCUUGCCUCGUGGAUCUGGAAUCGUCACAAGACGUCCUCUCAUCCUUCAGCUCAUAUUCUCCAAAACAGAAUAUGCCGAGUUCUUGCAUUGUAAAUCCAAGAAAUUCACAGAUUUCGAUGAAGUUCGCCAGGAGAUCGAAGCGGAGACGGACAGAGCGACCGGAACAAACAAAGGCAUCUCACCGAUCCCGAUUAACCUGAGGGUGUACUCCCCUAAUGUCCUGAACCUGACGUUGAUUGACCUUCCGGGUAUCACCAAAGUCCCGGUGGGCGACCAGCCGCAGGACAUCGAGUACCAGAUCAAGGAUAUGAUCCUGCAGUUUAUUAGCAGAGACAGUUGUCUGAUCCUAGCUGUGACGCCGGCCAACACCGACCUGGCCAACUCGGACGCCCUCAAAAUGGCAAAAGAGGUGGAUCCGCAAGGUCUAAGAACUAUUGGUGUUAUAACCAAGCUGGAUUUAAUGGAUGAAGGCACAGAUGCGAGAGACAUCUUGGAGAAUAAGCUGCUGCCUUUAAGAAGAGGCUAUAUUGGGGUGGUGAACAGGAGCCAGAAGGACAUUGAUGGGAAGAAGGACAUCCGAGCGGCUCUCGCGGCAGAGAGGAAGUUUUUCCUUUCUCAUCCCUCAUACAGACACAUAGCAGACCGCAUGGGAACCCCUCACCUGCAGAAAACACUGAACCAGCAACUAACGAACCACAUCCGGGACACGCUGCCGGCGCUGCGCAGCAAACUUCAAAGUCAGCUCCUGUCCCUGGAGAAGGAGGUGGAGGAAUACAAGAAUUUCCGGCCUGACGACCCAACGAGGAAAACCAAAGCCCUGUUACAGAUGGUGCAGCAGUUUGGGGUGGACUUUGAGAAGAGGAUUGAGGGCUCUGGGGAUCAGGUGGAUACACUUGAGUUAUCAGGAGGAGCCAGGAUAAAUCGAAUAUUCCAUGAGCGGUUCCCAUUUGAGCUUGUAAAGAUGGAGUUUGACGAGAAGGAUUUACGGCGGGAAAUUAGCUACGCCAUCAAGAACAUCCACGGUGUGAGGACGGGUCUGUUCACCCCGGAUAUGGCUUUUGAGGCCAUCGUGAAGAAGCAGGUUGUGAAGCUGAAGGAGCCCUGCAUAAAGUGCGUGGACCUCGUCAUUCAGGAGCUGAUCAACACGAUACGGCAGUGCACCAGCAAGCUUGCUUCUUACCCAAGACUCAGAGAAGAGACCGAGCGAAUAAUUACAACGUACAUUCGGGAGAGAGAAGGAAAAACAAAAGACCAGAUCCUUCUGCUCAUAGACAUUGAGUUGUCCUACAUCAACACGAACCACGAGGAUUUCAUUGGGUUUGCCAACUGUUUCACCGAGCAACUCAUCCCAGGCGCACAACAGAGGAGCACCCAGCUUAACAAAAAGAGGGCAAUUCCUAACCAGGGGGAGAUUUUGGUCAUCAGAAGAGGCUGGCUAACCAUUAAUAACAUCAGCAUAAUGAAAGGAGGCUCCAAGGAGUACUGGUUUAUCCUCACGGCCGAGUCGCUGUCCUGGUACAAGGAUGAAGAAGAGAAAGAGAAGAAGUACAUGCUGCCGCUAGACAACCUGAAGAUACGGGACGUGGAGAAGGGCUUCAUGUCCAACAAACACAUCUUUGGCAUCUUCAACACAGAACAGAGGAACGUGUAUAAAGAUUUGCGGCAGAUCGAGCUGGCCUGCGACUCCCAGGAGGAUGUAGACAGCUGGAAAGCAUCAUUCCUUCGGGCCGGAGUCUACCCCGAAAAAGACCAGACUGAUGAUGAUGUCCAGGAAAACACGUUCUCCAUGGACCCCCAACUGGAGAGGCAGGUGGAGACCAUCCGAAACCUUGUAGAUUCCUACAUGACAAUCAUCAACAAGUCCAUCCGUGACCUCAUGCCAAAGACCAUAAUGCACCUGAUGAUCAAUAACGCAAAAGAUUUCAUUCACUCUGAGCUCCUGGCGUACCUCUACUCCUCUUCCGAUCAGAACAGCCUGAUGGAGGAGUCCGCGGAUCAGGCUCAGCGGCGCGAUGAGAUGCUGAGGAUGUACCACGCGCUGAAGGAGGCUCUGAAGAUCAUCGGGGACAUCAGCACCAGCACCAUAACCACUCCGGUGCCGCCGCCGGUGGACGACGGCUGGCUGCACAACUCCAGCAGCGGGCACAGCCCAAACAUGCAACGGAGGCCCGUCUCCACCAUCCUUCCCCCCAGCCGCCCCCCUGCAGUCCGGGGGCCGACUCCGGGCCCCCCGCUUAUUCCAGUGCCUGUCGGCGGUUCCAGCUUCGUGGCCCCACCUAUCCCCUCCCGCCCAGGUCCCCAAGGGCCCUUUGCUGCUAACAAUGACCCUUUCGCUGCACCCCCACAGAUUCCAUCUCGGCCUGCCCGCAUUCCACCCGGCGUGCCCCCCGGUGUGCCCAGGAGACCACCCCCCACCACCCCCGCUAAACCAUCGCUUUGGUGAUGAGAACCCAUCUUCCUCCUUUUGGUCCCUUUCCCAGUAACGCCGACCAAACCCAGAUCAUCUUCGCCCCAGGGAACGCCGAUUCCUUCCACGUUCCACGGGAGAUCUCGUCCAGAUUUAAUCGAUUUUGGGUCAGAGUUGUUAUAUUGGUGUUACCCAAUAGUCUGCUGAGCGUGGGGGGGGGGACGUUAAUCGGUUGGCGGAAGCUCUAGAAUCAGCCUUGUCUUGCUUGAAUUUUUGGACUGGGAUUGGUGGAGAAUAUACCAUGAUGGUGGCUACAGUAGCCAAUCACAAGCUGCAAAUUCGAGGAUGCUUCUUAUUGAUUUGAGAAAUACACUGGACCAGACGGAAAGAAACCGGCAACUACACGGAUAUUAUUAGUGCGGUUGUUCCGGAGGUUUAGGGGGGCUGUAAGGAUUCUGGAUUAUUGAGGAUUAUGUAUAUUUUGGGAGGUAUCACUGUAGAUGUGGACGAUGUUUUGCAUAUUGCUAGUGUUUUAAAGUACAGGUGAAGCAUAACCUCCGCCACCUAUAACGAUAUCUUUCCACUUUGCGUUAAAUCGCGUUCGUGGUUUGAUUUUCCCAGUUUUGGCGGAUGAAUGUAGAACAAACAAAAAAAAACCAGCCUACGAUGGUUCCAGUCACGGUGCGGUAAACCGAGCGCUGUGUGCAGGUGGAACCAGUUAAUGCACUGGCAUCCGCACCACAAGGGGUUAAUUCGCCAAUUCCCAGGUAACACUAAACAAUGGCUGGAUGUUAUCCUCGCUCCCUCCAGGUUCCUCGAAACAAAAAGGAACUAUGACACAGCUGUAAAAGGUUGUGUAGUAACUAAUGAACAGUCCACUGGUUGCUAUGGCGACUGCUCCCUAUUCCAAACUUUGCACCAGAAUUGCUCAAGAUUUUUUUCCAAGAUUUGUUCAAACUGUACUUUUUUGUUUUUGUAAAAUAUGGUAAUAAAUGAGGUAAUUUCUGUAAUCUGAAUAAAAUUUUAAACAAACUUUAUAUAAAUAUUAAUCAUAUGGGGGGGCCUUUAACAAAAAAAGAAAACCUAACUAAAAACGUUGGGGGGACAAAAAAAGGACACAGGAAUGAAAUGAACUGCAUCAGAAAUUAAUCGGACGCAUCGCAACAAAGUUUUUACGCAUUUUUCUUUUUAAUGUUCUGAACGGACACUUUGUUACACCUGGGGGGGGGAUCUAGCAUGUUUUUUGCCUUACAAUUAACAAAAAUGAUUAAAUAAAAAAAGUUAAAUAUGAAAA